AUGCUCGUGAAACUUCAUCAACGUCCCUCCUACCAGGACUAUAAAUUCACCAAUCAUUCCGGAAAGAAACUCUUCAUAACUCUAGUCGCUCUGGUUGUCUGUGCCACCGCUGACGUUUCUCACGUCACCAACUCUUACUUGCCACCACAUUCAGUUUCAUCUCAAUCACGUACCGUAACCUUUACACCAUCAUCCGGAUAUUCUGCAGGUAGCAAUGGAGCAUUCACUUCCUCAGGUUUCUCAUCGUCAUCAUCGUCUCAAGGAUCCUCAGGCUUCAGUGGUAAACUACAAGUAGCUCCCGCAUCAGCCCAAUCCUAUAGCUCUGGUUCCAGUGGAGGCCAUAGUUCUUCUUAUACCGCCCAAGGACCCAGUGUAGGACAAUCGUUCACUAACACUUUCAACAGCGGCAGUGGCUACACAACUGGUGCCAAGCAGGUAGUACAAAAGACAUAUUCAGCUCCUUUGGUGCAACAACAAACUGUACAGAAAACCUACUCAGCUCCUGUUGUCCAAAAAACCUAUACUACAACCACUCAACAACAAUCUUAUACAGCUCCUGGUAAAUCUUACACUAGCUAUGAUUCUUAUAAGGCACCAGCUGUACAAAAGGCUAGCUAUACUGGCCCAGCUACCGUGCAACAGACCUAUACCUCACCCGUUGUUCAACAAUCCUAUACAGCUCCUGGUAAAUCCUACAACAGCUAUCAAUCUUAUACUGCCCCAGCGGUUCAAAAGACCAUUGUCUCUGCUCCACUAGUUCAACAGCAAACAUUUUCUGCUCAAGCUGGCCAACAAACUUUCUCAGCACCUGGAAAAUCCUACAACAGCUAUCAAUCUUAUACUGCCCCAGCUGUUCAAAAGACCACCUACUCUGCCCCUGCUGUUCAACAAACUUUCACUUCCAAAACUGUAAAACAACAAUCGUACACAGCUCCAUCUGUGGAAAGAGGUUAUUUGACUCCAACUGUACAACAGGCCUAUACAGCUCCAGUUGUUCAAAAGGCUUCUUACACUGCUCCUGGUAAAUCUUACAAUAGCUAUCAAUCAGUCUCUGCUCCCGCUAUACAAAAGACUACUUACACUUCGCCAGCUGUUCAACAAGCCUACACUGCUCCUGGUAAAUCAUACAACAGUUAUCAAUCUGUAUCUGCUCCUGUUAUUCAACAAACCACAUAUACCGGCCCAUCUGUGCAAAAACAAUCAUACACUGCUCCUGUGGUUCAACAGGCUUACACAGCUCCUGGUAAAUCUUAUACCAGCUAUCAGUCAGUAUCCUCUCCAGCUGUCCAGCAAACUUAUACAGCUCCUGCUGCUCAAAAGGUAACCUACACCGCCCCUGUUGCCCAGCAAUCUUAUACUGCUCCUGGUAAGUCAUAUACCAGUUAUCAGUCAGUAUCAGCCCCUGCUGCUCAAAAGGUUACUUACACUGCCCCAGCUGUGCAACAGUCAUAUACUGCUCCUGGUAAGUCGUAUACCAGUUAUCAGUCAGUUUCCGCACCUGCUGUCCAGCAAUCCUACACUGCUCAAAAGACCUCCGCCUACACUGCUCCAGCUGCCCAACAAUCGUACACUUCCACCAAUGUUCAAAAGACUUCCGCGUACACUGCUCCAGUUUCCCAACAAUCGUACACUGCUCCCGGUAAAUCCUACAACAGCUAUCAAUCUUAUACAGCUCCUGCUGUCCAGAAAACAUUCUCAGCUCCUGCUGUUGUUCAACAAUCGUACACUGCUCCCGUCUCUACUGGCUCCUAUAAGACUCAAGCAGUUGAAACUUUCUCGGGUCCAUCACACUCAUCUGUUAUUGCAUCCUCUGGCAUUGAUACUAAAUACGGUUCCAAUGGUGGUUACGUCUAUUAAUUUCUCAUUUCGAUAUUUCACGCAUCCAUCCGUUCGUUGAUGAUUCACACAACACACUUCAUAUAGUCAUUUAUGUAUUUCUUUUGGUUUAGAAAACGAAAUUUAGUUUAACGAUAUUUUUUUGUAUUAAUUUGUUGAAAAAAAAAGUAUUAAAUUUGCGAAUAAAAUUUUUUAUUUCAAAGUUGUAAAAA